CGAAACUGUAGCCGUUGCUGCGUUUUUUUUAAGGAUAUCAGGAGACGAUGCCGACGUGCUGCAUCCCUGGCCACACAAGCGCUACCAGAACGUUGUCAACAGUUUGGCAUGCCACUUCCUCUGUGCUCCCAGCAAUGCCACCUUUUGCUUGGCGUGGAACAGAGCGAUUCUUCGUGUCGACCGGGAGCUCUGUGCAAAAUCCGAGGUGUUGACCCUUUCCUUGAUCGUGAAUGCUCUGGCACAACAGCACCCCCGCCGCCAAACAAUGCAUCAGGAGGAUGAGCUGCUCGGCUGAAUUGAUGCGGCCGGAAACCAGGCUCAUCCCGGGGUCUCGAGGCGAAGCUCCAAGGAUCACUGCUCUCGUUCAUGGCAUUCCACACGAACACGCAGCUCGCAUGGACUCGAGGAGCAACAUGCUGGCUCAGCGCAUGGUUCGGGAGCGGCGCUCUGGCCUGGUGCUGCUGCUGCUGGCAUCGCUGGCGGUGUGGUCUCGCUGGUCGUCGUCGCCGCCGCAGGAGUCCAGCAGUGGUGUAACAGGCAAUGUGUCGGACGAGCCUGGCCGGCUUGUGGACCGGCGCGACUUUGUGUUUGUGCUGGACAGCAGCCGUUGCCACAGCCAGCACGACCUGUUCCUGGCCGUGUUCGUGCACUCUGCGCCAGCGCACUUCGGCCGGCGGCGCGCCAUUCGCGAGACGUGGGGCAAUGCCAGUGCCCUGGCCGCAGCCACUGCACGUGCCAUGGCGCUCGUCUUCCUUGUGGGCCAGGCGGCCGGCCUGGAGGGCGCAUUGCGCGCCGAGAGCGCCGCGCACGGCGACCUGGUGAUGGGCAACUUUGUCGACAGUUACCACAACCUGACGUACAAGCAUGUCAUGGGGCUCAAGUGGGUAGCAAGUCGCUGCAGCCAGGCACACUAUGUGCUCAAAACGGAUGACGACGUGUUCAUGGACCUGUUUCAGGUGAGCACGCAACUGGGGCCUCGUGCCCCAGCUCGGCUCCUCAUGUGCGGCCUCAUCCGGCGGCCUUACGUCAAGCGCAGUCAGCGCAGCAAGUGGCGUGUCAGCUUCCGUGAGUACCGGCCACACCGCUACCCACCCUACUGCUCUGGCUGGGCUAUAUUCAUGUCGCCCGAUGUGGUGCGAGACUUGUACCGCGCCUCGACCGAUGUGCCCUACUUCUGGGUUGAUGACGUGCUUGUUACCGGCAUCCUGGCGCAGCGCCUGGGUAUCGAGCAUGUUGACCUUGGACCACGGCUGGCACGCGACGCUCGUGAUGCCCGUGCCUGGCUGCGUGAUGGUGGUCCGCCACCCCUGGGUCACCCCGACCUGGAUACUGAGCUCGUGUACCGCCUCUGGCAGCGCACUAGGGAGAACAUGGAUGCUUCACUCAAGAAUAAAGGCUGACUUUUG